CUGCCCUAGCCUCCAUGGGUGCCAGGCCCAGCCACGCAGAGGGAGAGCCGCUGACCCGCUGGCCCUUGACAAGCAGCCACGCUCCAUGGGAGUGCCAGGGGGAGACACAGUGUCGCAGCCCCAGGCUGCUCCCAGCCCGCUGGAGAAGUCGCCCAGCACGGCGAUCCUGUGCAACACAUGUGGAAAUGUGUGCAAGGGCGAGGUGCUGCGGGUGCAGGACAAGUACUUCCACAUCAAGUGCUUCGUCUGCAAAGCAUGCGGCUGCGACCUGGCCGAGGGCGGCUUCUUCGUGCGGCAGGGCGAGUACAUCUGCACGCUGGACUACCAGAGGCUCUACGGCACCCGCUGCUUCAGCUGUGACCAGUUCAUCGAGGGUGAGGUGGUGUCGGCGCUGGGCAAGACCUACCACCCCGACUGCUUUGUGUGCGCCGUCUGCCGGCUGCCCUUCCCUCCCGGGGACCGAGUGACCUUCAACGGGAAGGAAUGCAUGUGCCAGAAAUGCUCCCUGCCCGUGUCGGUGGGCAGCAACCCAUGUAAGUGGACAGGGCUGCAGCGUGGGCACCCCCCAGACCCGUGUGAGCGGACAGGGCUGCAGCGUGGGCACCCCCCAGACCCUUGUGAGUGGAUGGGGCUGCAGUGUGGGCACCCCCAGACCCGUGUGAGUGGACGGGGCUGCAGCGUGGGCACCCCCCAGACCCGUACCCGUGUGAGUGGACAGGGCUGCAGCGUGGGCACCCCCCAGACCUGUGUGAGUGGACGGGGCUGCAGCGUGGGCACCCCCCAGACCCGUGUGAGUGGACGGGGCUGCAGUGUGGGGGUGGGGAACAGGAAUGGCGCUGAGACAGCAACACCAGAUGGCAGCUUCCUCCAAAGCCUCGCCAUGGUGUUCUCGACCUGGGGUGCUGCAGUGGGGGUCUGGCUCCUGCACCUGCACCCCCUGAGCUCCCAGCUGAGGCUCCAAGAGGCUGCCCGGCACAUCCUAGCCACCCCCCACCACAACCACCCCCACCGUGACCACAUCUGGUGGAAGAGGGUGCAUUUUGGGGAAAAUAGGAAAGCGGAAGGUUCUAGGAGGGUCAUGCUGUUGCUGCUGCUGGCAGUGCCAGCCAGGAUUUGCUGCUGCUGUUGUCACCAGGUGUUCACCUUGCGAGAGGCCCUUUCCCUUGGGGAUGCCGUCAUAGGUUGUGGGGGCUGCGGCACAGAAAUCAAGAACGGCCAGGCCCUGGUAGCCUUGGACAAGCACUGGCACUUGGGCUGUUUUAAGUGCAAGAGCUGUGGGAAGCUCCUGAAUGCCGAGUACAUCAGCAAGGACGGCCUGCCCUACUGCGAAGCUGACUACCAUGCCAAGUUCGGCAUCCGCUGUGACAGAUGCGAGAAAUACAUCACGGGGCGUGUGCUGGAGGCCGGGGAGAAGCACUACCACCCUUCCUGCGCGCUAUGUGUCAGGUGCGGCCAGAUGUUCGCAGAAGGCGAAGAGAUGUAUCUUCAAGGUUCCUCCAUCUGGCAUCCGGCGUGUCGACAAGCAGCCAGAACUGAAGACAGAAACAAGGAAACCAGAACUUCCUCAGAGAGCAUCAUUUCUGUCCCUGCUUCCAGCACCUCAGGGUCUCCGAGCCGUGUGAUUUAUGCCAAGCUUGGUGGUGAGAUCCUGGACUACAGGGACUUGGCAGCCCUUCCUAAAAAUAAGGCCAUCUAUGACAUCGACCGCCCCGACAUGAUCUCCUACUCACCUUACAUCAGCCACUCUGCAGGGGAUAGGCAGAGCUACGGCGAGGGGGAUCAGGAUGACCGGUCCUACAAGCAGUGCCGGACCUCCAGCCCAAGCUCCACUGGGUCGGUCAGCCUCGGGCGCUACACCCCGACUUCACGGUCACCACAGCACUACAGCCGUCCAGCUGGUACUGUGAGUGUGGGUACCAGUAGCUGCCUCUCCCUGUCCCAACACCCAAGCCCUACAUCCGUGUUCAGACAUCAUUACAUCCCCUACUUCCGAGGCAGUGAAAGUGGCCGGAGCACCCCCAGCCUCUCCGUGCUCUCUGACAGCAAGCCGCCCCCCUCCACCUACCAGCAGGCGCCUCGCCACUUCCACGUCCCAGACACUGGCGUAAAAGAUAACAUCUAUAGGAAACCCCCUAUCUACAGACAGCAUGCUGCCAGGCGAUCAGAUGGGGAGGACGGAAGCUUCGACCAGGAUAACAGGAAGCAGAAGAGCAGCUGGCUGAUGCUCAAGGGAGACGCAGACACGAGGACCAACUCUCCAGACCUGGACACCCAGUCCUUGCCCCACAGCAGCGGGACCGACAGAGACCUUCUCCAAAGGAUGCCAGGGGACGGCUUUCACUCACGAUUCCCCUAUUCCAAAUCUGACCCUCUCCCAGGACAUGGAAAGAAUGGCUUGGACCAGCGGAAUGCCAAUCUGGCCCCCUGUGGAGCAGACCCGGAUGCCAGCUGGGGCAUGCGAGAAUACAAGAUCUAUCCGUAUGACUCCCUCAUCGUCACAAACCGAAUUCGAGUGAAACUGCCCAAGGAUGUGGACCGGACGAGACUGGAGAGACACUUGUCGCCCGAGGAGUUCCAGGAAGUGUUUGGGAUGAGCAUCGAGGAGUUUGACCGCCUGGCCCUCUGGAAGAGGAAUGACCUUAAGAAGAAAGCCCUUUUGUUCUGA